UGCAGUUAAUCCACUAAACAUAUUCCUUACACAGAACUCCUUCAAUCAGGCUCCCCGGGCUGGCUGAGUUCCCGUCCAGAGCCUGCUCUGAUAAGCCAUGUUAUCCUCCCGGGAUGAGGUGCAGUGUUGCUGAUGCUCAUCACUUUCCCACACAUAGAGACACGGGGCUGCUGCUAUAUAAUCUCAGGCUUCUCCCAGCCAGGAUUUCCCCUGCUUCUGUGGCCGGAUUGGCUGCAUGCUCCUCGGGCUGUGUGCUGUGUACACACCGCUGGCUGGAUAUGUAUGGCUUCCUGGCUAGGACUCCUCACAGAGCAAUGAUGAGCAGCAGAAUCAGUUUCUUUGAGGUGGAAAUUCUAGACUGCAGAACAAAGCAACAAUUAUGCUUUCUCGAUAAGGUAGAACCUCAUCUUACAGUUAGUGACGUAAAAUUGAUGUUACACAAAUGUUAUCCUCAGUGGUAUCCAGCACGACAAUCUAUACGGUUAGACCCAAAGGGCAGGUCACUAAAGGAUGAAGAAAUCCUGCAGGAUCUUCCAGUUGGCACAACAGCUACAUUAUAUUUCAGAGACUUGGGUCCUCAGAUCGGAUGGACUAUGGUUUUUCUACUAGAAUCUACAGGGCCACUUUUUGUAUACUUUUUAUUCUAUUUCCGAAUGCCUUUUUUCUAUGGAUUAGCUAAGGCUUUUACAUCAAGUCCUCACUCCGUUGUACACUUGGCAUGCUGCUGCCACUCGUUCCACUAUAUCAAAAGGUUGAUUGAAACAAUAUUUGUUCAUCGAUUUUCACAUGGGACAAUGCCGUUGAAGAGUAUUGUAAAGAUUGUUUUACAGAACUGCUUCUACUACUGGGGAUUUGCAGCGUGGCUUGCGUACUAUAUUAAUCAUCCUUUAUACACUCCGCCCAUUUAUGGAAAAAUGCAGAUAAGCUUGUCUAUGGUCAUGUUUCUGAUGUGUGAAACUGGUAAUUUCUCCAUCCAUGUAGCACUGAGUAAUCUGAGACUAGACGGUUCCAGAUCGCGGAGGUUUCCCUUCCCAACACGAAAUCCUUUUACUUGGCUGUUUUUCUUUGUGUCAUGUCCUAACUACACUUAUGAGGUGGGUAGCUGGAUUAGUCUCACUGUGAUGACCCAGUGUUUCCCAGUUGGACUAUUUACCCUGAUUGGUUUCAUUCAGAUGACAAUUUGGGCAAGGGAGAAACAUUAUCGAUAUAUUAAGGACUUCAAAGACUAUCCUAGACUACGGAUGUCAAUCAUCCCCUUACUGCUGUGAGGACAGAUGGGCAACAAAGAGAACAUUUGUAUUACAUUUUACUAUUUGAUACUAUAAUAUGUAAGAAAUAUAAAUGUAAUCAAAGGCAUUACAUUUUUAAAAUAGAUUUUGUAUGGCUCUUUCUGCAGAUUUAAGCAGCCGGAACUUCCAUUAUUUGAAUAUGCAGCAUUUAUAAAUUAUUAAAGUAACAUCAAACAUU